AUGCUGGGAACAAUCGGGGAUGUGAUCGCCACAUCUGGUAAGGCGAUUUCGGGAAAGCGGAUAAUGGAUUGGGCAUUGAUCAGGCUGGUCGAAAAAAGCUCAAGUUCUCUUUGCGUCCAACAAGAUGUUCGCCGUCCCAGAAGUCCAAUCCCUAUCACAUUAUGGCGCCAUCGCGGAUCCCGUACCGCCCGGGUUCCCGAUUGCUCGAUUCGACUCCCUGGAAAGGGCUGGUAUGCAAAGCUAGGCCGGACAACUGGCGUGACGUCUGGACUAUGCAACAAGGCUCUGACCUAUUACAACUGGAAGGAGAAGAGCACGAUCCAGUAUGGUUACCGUGGCAAAGUGUACACACGACCAAUAUAUUAA